CAGCAUCAUGAGGGACUAUCCAUCGGUGCCCAGUGUAUUCCGCGUGGCCUCCACGCACAGCAUCAACAGCGAGAGUCCCUACAACAAUGUGCAGCCGAUAAUGCAUCCAACGAAGAUAAGCAGCAGCAUUAGCCACAACAUUGAGCAGCAGCCACAUCAAUUGACCACCAGUGCAUCCAUAGAGCACAGUUAUCCGUCACAGCAGCAACAGGAGCACUCACCCUAUGCCACAUUGCCGCGUGGCCAGAGAUUUGCCAUGCCACCACAUCCAUAUCCACAGAGACAGCAGCAGCAGCAGCAGCAGCAGAAUACUGGCGUGAUCAAUACCAUUUCGGGCAGCAUUCCCGCCACUGGCUUCGGCAGCCCACGUGGACAGCCAGCCGGUGGACAACAGCAGCAGCAGCAGCAGCAGCAGACACAUGGAUUCAGCAGUCUGAGCAGCCUGGCCAGCGGCAGUUACCUGUGGCUCCUUACACCUGUUGCCGCCAGCAUAUCCGUUGCCAUUGUGAUUGCCGCUUUAGCCGGGCCCCAGUGGCUCUUCACCGAGGAGAAGCUGCCGAAUGUCAACUACAAUGGAACGGCCAACUUUAAUGCCCUGGACGAUGGCGCCUACAUCACCAAAUACACAAAGUCCAGUCUCUGGAUACUGUGCACAACGUUGCCAGGCCUCGAUGUGGACUCGUAUAAUUGCAUUAAAAUUGAUUAUUUCCCCAACGAGGGCUACCAGCCGGAUCCGCAUGACUCGACGCCAGCGAUACCCUACACGGUGACCAAGUCGUGCCCCAUCUUUCUGGCCGCUGGCGUCUUUCUGGUCAUCAGCUUCAUUGUGUUCCUCAUACCGACAUGCUCGCACCAGAACAAUCUUUUCUACUUCAGUGCCGGCAUCCUCUUCAUUGUCAGCGGUUUGGUCAUGCUCAUCGGACUGAUUGCGUACAUAUCCAUACUGAAGGCGGAGAUUGGAUCGAAGCUGCGGCCACGCUCCACCCUGCAGCCGGCCCUGUUUAAGGUCACCUACGGCCAGAGCUUCUUUCUGUUUGUUUUUGGCUUCAUCGUCACGGAGUUUGUGGGUGUCCUGAACAUCUUUCUGUUCAUCAAUCUGCAGGAGAUCAGCUACUAUGGUCGUCUGCCCUGCUUCAGUGUGGCCAAUAUCAAUGCCAAAAUCAAGGAGGGACAGCAGCAGCAGCAACAGCAGCAGCAGCAGCAGCUACAGCAUCCACUGAGUCACUCCUACAAGCGAUACAAGCAGCCCGGAGUCCAGCAGCAGCAGACAGGCAGUCAGGAUGCACUGAACCAAGUCCAUCUUCCAGCUAAUCAUCAGCAGUCGCAGUCCCAUGAAACGUAUCAGCCGCAGAUGCAGAGGACACUCAGGGGCAACACCGCUGUGGGCAGGCAGCAUCAGGUGCACGAUGCCGGACGCAAUCCCGGCCAGACACAGACCCUGCCAGGUGGCUAUGCCUGCCGCAAGCAUCCGAAUGUCGCCUCCAAUCUGAAUCUCUAUUUGCACAACGAUCUGGAGCGUCGCUUUUACUUUGAGAAGCCGGCGGUGUCCAAGUGCAAUCUCCAUUCGCGCAGCUUUGCCAAAUCCCUCAACGAGCUGUCCGGGCCGACGGGUGGGCCAGUGGCGCCUCUAACGCUGCCGGCUCCUGCUCUGUUCGCCGAUCUGCCGCAGGAGUUUCCGCUCACUCGCUCCGUGUCCACCACCACGGACAUUUACAGCACGCCGCCGACAGGGGCUGCUGCUGCUGCUGCUGUAGCACCCAACACGGGCCAGCUGAAGCGCAAGCAGCACCGCAACAUGGCCACCAAUACGCACAACGUGCAGCCGCAGGAUCAGUCCCGUCUGUGCGGCCUCAAGCGCGGCCUGCGCAAGACCAAGGAUGAGCUCUUCCAGGAGUUUUGUCGCAGGACUGGCGUCCUGGGGCGUGCCAAGCCGAAGAAUAUCUACUACAUCAGCGGCGGCGAGGAGGAGGACGAACAGCAGCAGCGGGGCAUCGAUCCGGAGACGACUUUGCGGCAGGAUGACGACGAUGCUGAUGGCGAUGAUCACGGCUUCCGGCAGUUCCGCUGUAGCGGCAUGGACGAGGACCGCCUCUACGUUGUCGGAGAUCACGCCCAGCUGGUGGGCCCACGACGCGCCUCGAUGUGCCCCCUGGAGGCGCCUAUGGGCCAUCCGCUGCGCAAACUCAAUUCGAAUCUCUCGCUGCACAACGAGACGGCCUGGCCGGGCGCCGCCUUCGCCUCGGGACAGCUGAGACUGAUGCCCCCCGAGCAGGCACAGAGUCGCACCCUGCCACGUUGCUUCAUGCGACAGUCUUCGGCUGCAGCGGCGGCUGCUGCCGGCAGCCAGGACAGUCUCGGCUCGCUGCAGAGCGGCAUCAGCUUCAAUGCCGGCGCCAGUCAGCAGCGAUUCAAUCACCUGAUGCUGCAGCAUCAGCAGCAGUUGCAGCAGCAGAAUCGCUACCUCUCCACCCUGACGCUGCCCAGGCCAGCGGAGGAGCAGCUGCAGCAGCAGCAGCAGCAGCAGCAGUUGCCACCUAAGACUCAGGUGGUUCAAUGGCCAGCGGCCAUUCCAUCGUCACCCUCGAACUACGGCCAUGGGGGAUACCAGCAGCAUCCCCAGCCGCUGUAUCCAGCCACGAGUGUGGCAGUGAAUGCGGCUCCAGGUGCUGCUCAUCCGCCGAAAUUCCAGCGUGGCUAUGCCUUUGACGAUGCCCAAAGGCGGGCCAGUUUCGCGGUCAACGAUGCCGCCUUCGAUUUGGACGAGAUCGAGCGAGAGCGUCGACGCUCCCAUGCGAGUCUCUUUGGCCAGAAUCUCGAUCCCUACGAUCUGAUCAAUGGCACAGCGGUCUAGACAUCAACACUCUCCACUCCAA